CCCCUGUCACAGAAUUACUGUGCCAUCCGGUUGAGGAGUGGAGGACUGAGCUUGGACGAGAACAAGCUUUCAGCUGCGAAUACAGAGUCGUUUCAAUGCACAGACGCAGACGGCUCGGUGGGCUGCAUGUGGACGAAGCUGUGACUGAAUGAAACCGAAAGCAACUCAACUUUAGUAAGGCCGCCAUCAGUCCCAGCGUGUGUAGUCUAUUACCGCUCCAGGCUGGGCCAUGAAUAAACAACCAAGCAAGGAGAGUCUCAAGGACAAGGUGAAGGGGAUCUUUGGGCUGGGACCCCCGCGCCCCCCGAGCAAACAGAGUGACACCAAACUGUCUGAGUUUAUCAUUACAACUGACAUCAUCAAGGAGCUCCACCCAGACUGUGGUCUGAGCAACCGCGUUCGUAUGAUGAACCACGUCUGUGAUCUUGCCAAAACGAAAAAAUUUGAGGAGCAUGCUGUGGAGGCAGUAUGGAAAGCUGUGGAGGACAUGCUGACGCUAGAGCAGCCACCUGAGGCCAGACAUGCUGUCCUGCAGCUGCUGAGGGCCAUUAUACAGGGACAGGGUGAGCGACUCGGCCCUCUGAGAGCCUACUUUUUCAAGGUGAUCAGAGACUAUCAACCAUCCAACGAAGAUCUCCCUGAUAGGCUGGAAGUCUUCAAGGCCUUGACGGAAAAUGGAAAAGACAUCACAUACUUGGAAGAGGACAUAGCACGCUUUGUCCUCCUGUGGAUGGACAUAGGUCUCACCUCCGACUUUCUCCAUGUUCUUGUAAAUCUGGUGAAGUUCAACAGCUGCUACCUGGACCAGAAUGUCUCUAUCAUGGUCCAAAAAAUCUGUCUCCUGUGCAAUAGAACAACAUCCUCAACAGACAUUGAGGUGGCACUACAAGUCCUGGAUGCAGUGGUAUGUUACAACUGCCUGCCCUCAGACUCCCUCACCAUCUUCAUCAUCACACUCUGUCGAACAGUCAAUGUCAAGGAGUUUUGUGAAUCCUGCUGGAAGUUGAUGAGGAAGGUGUUGGGGACCCACCUCGGCCACAGUGCUAUUUACACCAUGUGCCGCAUCAUGGAGGAGAGGGUGUACAUGGAGGAUGCACCGUUGUUGAGAGGAGCUGUGUUUUUCGUUGGAAUGGCACUUUGGGGCGCACACAGACUCCCCGCCCUCAAAAACACACCUACACUGGUUCUGCCAUCUUUCUAUAAGGCCAUGUCAUGUGCCAAUGAGGUGGUGUCCUAUGAAAUCGUCCUCUCCAUCACCAGACUGAUAAAGAAGUAUGGCAAGGAGCUGCAGGUAGUCACCUGGGACAUCCUGCUGGGCAUCAUAGAGCGACUGUUGCAACAGAUCCAGACAAUAGGCAGCGCAGAGUUGAAGGCCAUCGUCUAUGAGCUGUUGACCACAGUAGAGGAACUGUAUGAGCAGAACGGUUACCAUGGCUCCACUGAGAAGUUCUUCAAUCUGGUGGAAAAAUGUGCUGACAAGAGACCUGAUGCUUCAGUGCUGACCCUCAUCUCAUACAGGGCCCAGUCUAUCCAGCCAGCCAAAGAUGGCUGGAUUCAGAGCCUUCACCGCCUCAUGGAGAAAUUCUUCAGGAACGAGACUCGCAGUGUGAUAAGGAUCAAAGUGCUUCACAUCCUGUCCUUCGUUCUCAGUACCAACCGACAGCUGUACGAGGAUGAGUUGAUUGAAAUGGUGGUAAUUCCCCAGCUCAGUGGGAUAGCUGAAGAUCGAGACCUGGCCGUCAGAAAACAGGCCACUCAGCUACUGGUAGAUCUCGCUGAGGGCUGCAACACGCACCACUUCACCAGCCUGCUGGACAUCAUCGAGCGGGUCGCCAGUCGCUCUCUGGUGUGCUCAGGGCCCCUGGAGGUUUCUGAGAGAGACCCCACAGCAGAGUCUCCAAUGGAGGAUGUCAGGACUGCUAUUCUGGGCUUACUGGAAAUCCUUCAGAGCAAGCUUUACAGCCUACCAGCCAGCCAUGCUAGUCGUGUUUAUGAGUUGCUUAUCAGCCACCUGCAGCUUCACUACAAGAACAAGUACUGCUCAGCUAUUGCUUCCAGUAUUAGACUCCAGGUGUUUGACUUCUUCCUGAUGAUGCGUGCAGACUCUCUUCACCGUCUUGGAGUCCCCAACAAAGACAGGGUCAUUAGGUUCAGCCCUUACUGCUACUGUGACACAGGGGAGCCAGAGAAGCGAGUCAGUGAAAAGAAGCCAACAGGCUCAACAUCUCCUCCUGCUGGUAGCCCAGCUCCCCCCGCUGCUCCCCACCCUUCAACAGCCUCGAUACGCUCAGCCUACCUGCCCUACGCACCUGCCUUCAGUGUCCUCCUGCAGUGCCUCAAGAUGGAGACAGAUUGGAAGGUGCUGAAGCUUGUUCUCGACAAGCUGCCGUGGACGCUGCAGUACAAAGUGCUGCUGCUGACGUCACCAUGCAGCUUGGACCAGCUCUGUUCUACACUCUGCUGCAUGGUGACGGAUCGGCUGAUCUCAGACCGCUUGAAGAAGACCCCAGAGGGGUUUUCCCGCACUGAUGUACAGCUGGCGGUGGUUCCUGUCCUCACGGCGAUCACCUCCUACCACAACUACCUGGAGCAGUCCAGACAGAGAGAGCUGGUUCAGUGCUUGGAGACUGGCCUCAUUUACCGCUGUGCCAAGCAGUGUGUAGUGGCCCUUACAAUGUGCACAGUGGAGAUGCCUGACAUCAUGAUCAAGCUCCUACCGGCUCUUAUCGUUAAGCUCACUCACAUCUCUGCCACUGUUGCCAUGGCAUCACCUAUGCUUGAGUUUCUCUCCACUCUGGUGCGCCUGCCCCAUCUCUAUGCCAACUUUGUAGCUGAGCAGUAUGUCAGUGUGUUUGCCAUAUCCCUACCCUACACUAAUCCCUCCAAGUUCAACCAGUACAUCGUCUCCCUGGCUCACCAUGUGAUUGCCAUGUGGUUCAUACGCUGCAGACUCCCCUUCCGCAAGGACUUUGUACAGUACAUAACAAAAGGUUUGCGUUCCAACGCUCUGCUGCCAUUUGAUGACGGUCAUGAGCAGAGUCCAUUUCGCGCCCGCAGCACCAGCCUCAAUGAAAGACCCAAGAGUCUGCGGGCGGCAAAAGUGGCGAAGGCGGCGGCGGCGGUAGCCAAUAGCAGCAGCUCUCCUGUUAAAGAGCUGAGGGACCUGUCAGCCAUGGACGCUUUCCGUUCCCGCAGCAUCAGUGUCUCCGAACACGCGGUCCGCAGGAUGCACACCUCAACCACCACCUGCAGCCUGGGCUCUGCUGAUGAAAAUGCGGUGACACAGGCAGACGAGGGGCUGAAGACUGUCCACCUGGAGCUCACUGAGACCUGUCUGGACAUGAUGGCACGAUAUGUGUUUUCCAACUUCUCUGCACUGCCCAAGAGGUCUCCCAUUGCAGAGUUUCUGCUGGCAGGAGGUCGCAGCAUGACCUGGCUUGUGGGCAACAAGCUAGUGACCAUAACAACUAGUGGAGGAGUCCGGACACAAGCACUUCUAGGCCUGGACAUGGCUGAACGUCUGGGAGGAGGGGGGGAAAUGACCAGGUCCGAUCCAUCACUACAUACCCGGAUAACCAAAGAGGCUCCAGCCAAACUGGAGUCACAGUCAAGCCAGCAGCACAACAGAGCCACGCGAAUACGGGUCCGCUCCAUGUCAGGUGGCCACGCUCUACGUGCUGGUCCUGCUCAGAGUCUCAGUCCUCUUGUGUCCCCCUCUGAGGGCGAGUUAGCUGCUCCUCUCUCUCCCUCUUCUGGUCCCACCCUGGACAGCCUGGGUCCUCCCUCCUCUGCCUCUGCUGCCCCAUCUGCUCCCCCACCUCUCAAGGACAACCCCAGUCUGGCUGAGUUUGUCCCCAUACUCACACAGGGCUGGGCAGAGAUCUUCAUCCGGAGACCAUCUGGUAACACGAGCUGGCUGAUGUGUCUGGAGAACCCACCCAGUCCCUUCUCCUCUGAGCUCGGCAACAUGCCUUUGCAGGAGCUCUCCAGUGUCUUGAUGGCAAUGGAGGGAGUGAAAGAGCCUCCCACCCAGACAGCCAGCGCUCCUGCCAGCACCACCGCUCCUGCACCGGUGCCCAUCUCCGAGCCCUUAACCCAAACACACACCAGCAUGGGAGGGAAGCCAAAUGUAAUCCAGCGCUCCAACACUGUGGGUGGCUCUCUCUGGUCUCUGGGUCUGGGCUCUGCCCCCUCAGGCCCUCCGGCCCCUGGCAGGUUGCACAGGAGCAUUUCCUGGGCAGACUCUGUGGUGGUACUGGAGGAGGGGUCAGGGGUCACCGCAGCACACACCCCAUCUGAUUGGCUGGAGAGCGAAGAGUUUGAGCCAAUGACUUCAGAUCCCAUCUUCAUGUCUGCUGACGUUCUGAAGUUCACAAAGACUCCACCUCCUGGAACGCUCAGCAGGUCCUCCUCCACCUCCAGUCAGGAUGAUGAAAAGUCCACUCUGGAGGAGGUAAGUGAGGGAGCCAUUCCCAUCGAUCAGCCCACAAUCGGACCCUCCACUCCGGGCAGCCAGGGGCCCGAGCUUCCCUUUCAGCCUCAUUCUCAGUCCCAGGGUCAUGGACUUAACAAGUCCAGCUCAUCUCCGGAGCUCCAGACCUUACCUGAAGCCUUCACCAAGGCUGCUAUGGAGUCAGAGACUGCCCUGGCGGACAUGUCACGGCCCAGAGUGCCCUCAGAUGGAAAGCCUCAGCCUCAGCAGCCUCAUUUUGAGAAAGAGAAGGUGGAGGGAAGCACAGGAGGAGACGUGAAUGGACUGGGAGGUCAGAGUCAAGGGGGUGAGGGCCCAGGUGUGGCGUCAUCUCAGAGUGGAGGGGCAAGGAUGAAGUUGGAGUUUCCAGCAGCAGCGGCGGCACAACCUGGACCCAUCUCCCCCAGCGGAGGCCACCGACCCCGGGGUCACACCAUCUCAGUAUCUGCCCCCUCCUCCAGGAGGGAGAGGAGGACGGAGAGGGACUCAUACCACAGUCGUCCUGGACCCGGCAACACCGAGAAGAUUUCUGGACUGAGCCCCAGUUUUGUCUUCCUCCAACUGUACCACUCUCCUUUCUUUGGGAAUGAAGCCAACAAGCCGCUGCUGUUGCCCAAAACUCAGGUGAUUGACCGGGCUGUGAAGGUUCUGGACCAGAUGCCCCCUUACGACACCCAUAAGAUCGGAGUGGUGUUUGUCGGAGCUGGUCAGGUUAACAAUGAGGUCUCCAUCCUGUCAAACGAGUACGGUUCGAACCGCUACGCUGCCUUCCUAACAGGCCUGGGCAAAUUAAUCCAUCUGAAAGACUGCGACCCUGACCAGAUCUUCCUCGGAGGACUCGACCAGUAUGGAGAUGACGGAGAGUUCACCUACUGCUGGCACGACGACAUCAUGCAGGCCAUCUUCCACAUAGCCACACUGAUGCCGAACAGGGAGAGUGACAAGGGCUGCUGCAACAAGAAGCGUCAUAUUGGCAACGAUUUUGUCAUGGUGGUGUAUAAUGACUCUGGAGAGGAAUACAAACUGGGCACCAUCAAGGGUCAGUUUAACUUUGUAGAAGUCAUUAUAAAACCGCUGGAUUAUGAAUGUAACCUGGUCACCCUCCAGUGCCGCAAAGACCUGGAGGGGUUAGUAGACACAACAGUGGCAAAAAUCGUUUCAGACCGCAACCUUCCACUCUUAGUCAGACAGAUGGCUCUGCAUGCAAAUAUGGCCUCUUUGGUGCAUCAGUACAGAGCAAACCCCUCCGAUGCGUAUGCCUCCAAGUGGCUAGCGAGAUUACGACACAUUAAGAGGAUCAGGACCAGGGCUCAAGAAGACAUUCAGUCUCGCUCGACUCCCGGCAUCUCGCUUACCCAAGGACACACUCAGCAGAACAAGUCGUUUCAGCAGAGCACUCCAGCACCAAACCCAGAAGCCUCAGGGCAGAGGAAAAGACUUGUAUCAACAGUGGAUGAUUUCACUGAUUUUGUUUGAUUACAUUUCUUAUCUUGGCAGACACGCACACGCACACACACACACACACACACGCACACACAUACACACACACACACACACACAACCACAGACAGGGUGUGUUUGUGUGUAAAUGUGUGUGGAAUAAAAAGUGACCACGAAUAAGGUUGGUAAUGUGGGGUUGUGCUGUGUUUGAGUUAAAGUGGCUACAGUUAUUUUUAUAAUAACAAUGUGUAAUCAUUGUAAUCACGACAAUGUGACAGUGUGACACUGUGAAAGGCACUGAACUGUCACCUGAAUUUGCAGCUUUACAGCGAGUUCCAGCUCAUUGUUUAUCUGUCCAGCACGUUUCUGUUUUUGUUCACUCCCACUGCCCUCCCAGCGUCAUUUUCAGCUACAGCAGGGAGCUGUUUUUGGAGAUGAAGCUUUAAAAACCCACUGUGCACCAUCUGCUCAGCACCAAACGGCAAACAGGCAUUACAGCCGUUAGCAACUUUUUCAUUUGCAAAUAUUUGCCUCAGGAGCUAAAAGAGCUUGAAUGUUGGACUUACAUUCAUCAGGUGAACAGAAACAUGACUCCAGAUAAAACAGAUGAAUGACAGUCUGUAACUGUUACUGAUGUGAAACUUUUUACUAACAAGUUCAUCAUAUCAACUUAAAGGGUCUUGAUAAAACGUUCACAAUUUUUUUCUGGUUCCCUGAACUGGCUAAAAAGAAUCAGUUAUUGCAGAUUUAAAUAAUAUUGACUGCUCAGUAGCAGACCAUAAACCUCAAUCACAGGGCAGGAGAAUAAAUAUUAGUGAUGUUAAUAUUUGGAACUGAAACCACUUCAUUAUGCACAGUUCAGCUGUCAAACUCUUUAUUUGACUUUGUCAAGUGCAAAAGCAUGAGAAGUGCUACAACUGCAAAAUACAGAUAUAAGAUAUAAAAAAGACAAAUUUGUAACACUGUUAAACAAAAUGCAUCAUACAACACAAACAGGCAGCUAGAAGACAUGAAAGUGGGCUUUGGCACUAUAUUAUUACAUACUACACAGAGCAGGAAUACGAAAGCCAGUGGAGGUGUUGCCUGUUGACUGCUGAGCUUUCUGUGGUUUCUAGUUGGCGUAUUGUGAAAAAGCAUUUAUUUUAAAUACAUUGAUAGCUUUGGCUGUUGUGUUUGAGAGUGGAAAACUUUGGAAUUUUCAACGCCAGUGCUUGACAUGAAUACGCCACUGUAGCACAGACAAUACUGAUCAUGAAAAGCAAAAAUAUAUACACACCACAGCGCACCAAUAUAUACAGAAAUGUACACACACAGAGAAGAAGAUGGGCCUUUUCAUCGCCUUUUGUGAGAUCCUGAAAACUGAAAUCUUCUGCAAUUUAUUUGCCAGGAAAUAGGUGAGAUUAAGUUUCAAAAUAAAAUCAUCUGGGGUGAACACUUUGCUUUAUGCAGUGUAAUGGUGGGGUCUGCUUGGAAGAGGGAGAAAAAAAGGGCCUCAGUCACACUUUGGCACAUACCCAUUAGUACCUCUGCAAAAUUGGUCCUCUUUCUGGCUGAGAGGGGAAGGAAGCUGAAGUCCAAAAUGGACUGGAAGUCGGUGGUGGGAUUUAAUCACAAAAUACAUAAUUUCCUUUGAUGAUUGAAAACAUAUUUUACCUGUAAUUUUGGUUUCCCUGGUUGUUGUCUCCAGGUUUUGGUGAAAGGGCGGGUUCCCUGAGAUCUGCCCACUGGACACAGGAAGUACGUAGGUACAUUGAUCAAAAUAGGACAGAAACAACAACACUACAAGGACCAGACAAAAGCACAAGACAAAACUGCAAACUACUGAUUCAAUACCUUGAUAAUACUUACUAGAAUGUUUGUAUAAUGUAGCUGUUAAGGUACAAAAUGAAAACUUGACACAUGAGAGUUAAAUAUGGCGUGGAUAUCAGCUCCAUCAGAGGAUAAAGUGCUAAGUACAACACAAAUGAAUUAACUCGGCAUGGUAACAACUCAGGAUACAUAAAUGAUGCAAAAGCUUUGGCAACGUUUAUAGUUAAGAUACAGUAUGAGUGAAGCUUUCUCUAUUGGUUUGGAUACCAAGCUUAUUACUUUACACCACACCUCACAAAAAAACCAAACAAAAAAAAAAAAAAACAA